AGGUACGUUUCUGAUUUGCUCUUUCUGCUUGCUAACUGUUGGGAGAAUUGAGUGGACGUGAGUGUAAAGAUCAAGAACAAUACUGUAUACACAUGGUACUGCUAGAUAAGGCUUUGAGUUACUUGCAUCCUAAUUUUCUGGCGUGCGCUUGAGGCAAAGCGAGAGACAUUUUGUUUGCUGAAAGAGAAAAUUCGAAUUCUGCAAGUAUUUAUUGUGUUGUUAUCGACGUUGUGUCGGCCAUUGUGACGAUGUCGGCCCUCGACUCUCUCAUGGAGAUGGGAUUUCCCAAGAACCGAGCUGAGAAAGCCCUGGCGAUCACUGGUAACCAGGGAGUAGCGCCAGCUAUGGAGUGGCUGUUUGCCCAUGCUGACGAUGCGGACAUUGACGAACCCUACGCUGCUCCGCAGGGCCACACGCUGGCAGGACCGUCUUCAGGCGCUGCUACGGGCGCGGCGGACUCGCCUGAAGGCGGAGAUAGCAGCGGAGCUGCCAACCAGACGGCUUCGUCAUUGAAAUGCGACGAGUGCGGCAAGGCCUUGCGCGACGCGACUGCUGCCCAGACGCAUGCAUCCCGAACAGGCCACAGCCAGUUCUCAGAGUCCGUGGAGGAAAUCAAGCCACUCACCGAGGAGGAGAAGGCCGCCCAGAAGGCACUUCUCGUGCAGCGUAUGCAGGAGAAACGCAAAAUACGAGCGGAGCAGGAGAAGCAGGAGGACAUCGAACGGGAAAAGAUGCGUCGCAAGUCGGGCAAAGACAUUACCGAUGCCAAAUCAAAGUAUGAAAUGCAGCAGCGCAUGCGCGACGCAGACUUGCGGCGAAGAGAGAUGGCCGAAGCCAAGAAAGCGAAGGACGCGAUCACGGCAAAGGUAGCAGCGGAUAAGGCAGCGCGGGCCGCAGCCAAAGCGCAGCCCUCGCAAGCCGUCGUGCCUCAGCCAGCUCCAGCAGCGACCGCCCCGGCCAGCAGUGCGCCACCGGUAAAAAAGGAAUAUACAGACUGCCGUCUAAGAGUACGUCUUCCCGACGGCAAGGCCGUCAUGGAGGCAUUCAGUGCCACGGCCGAAUUUUCCGCCGUGGCACAAUUCGUACGCGGCCAUUACGCUGGCGCGUUUGUGCUAAAGACAACGAUGCCUGCUAAAACGUUUGGUGCUGCAGAUAUGAGUCAGUCACUCAAGGCACUGGGCCUUGUGCCCUCGGCCACGCUGAUGGUGAUUGCGUCAUAGAAAACUUGUCAACGUCGACGCGUGUCACUGAUAGGCAAACAAACACCUACCGGUCCAUGAUCAUUUUUGUUUAUCCUGCUGAUGUCACUGCGCUGGCGCUUGCAGCGCACCAUACCGUACCUGUGUUACGAUACUGAACUGAAGUGAACAGCUGCAUCCGAUCGCUAUCAUCUGGAUUGUCCCGGCAUGCGUUUUCAUUCCCAUGUACAAAGUUGCUGCUGCUGGUAUUCCUGUUGCUACUGCUGAGUCCCUAUUGAUUUUCCUUCCCUUAUUCUGGCUGGUUUGCAGCAUCCUGUUCCCUUGCUGUCUGAUGUUUUUAAAUAAUUCUACCACUGUGAAUACUUUAAAUCCUUAUUUUGCUGCUGUGUAUGCGCUGAACUCCUGGCUGUCUACCAAGAUUAUCUCUCUCUCUCCGUUCCUCUCUCUCUCUCUCUCUCUCUCUCUCUCCGUUCCUCUCUCUCUCUCUCCCUCUUCCUCUCUCUCUCUCCCUCUCCCUCUCCCUCUCUCUCUCUCUCUCUCUCUCUCUCUCUCUCUCUCUCUCUCUCUCUCUCUCUCUCUCUCUCUCUCUCUCUCUCUCUCUCUCUCUCUCUUCAAACGUCUUUGUGGUUGCAGUAGGUAUUGUACAUACAUGUAUAUGAACUGCACCUUCUGUGAAAAGGGCAAUUUCCUAUUUUUUUUAAAUCCAGCUUCAAUCCAGCCAGGUCACUCCAUGUCUUCCAGCAUGGGACGUGUCUCAUGUGCAAAGCUGUGUGUUGUGAGAAAUACUCAGCACAGUCCGA